AUGGCCGACGAGGAGAAGGAGAAGGCCGAGAAGCUAGCAGCAGCGAAGAAGAGAUUCGAACAACUAAAGAAGGAGCAGCAAAAGAAGGGCAAGAAGGGCGGCGCGAAGAAGAAAGGGGAUAAAGCAGCCGAGGAGAAGGCUGAGGAUGCUGCGCCGGCAGAAGAGCCUGCAGAAGCAGCCCAAGCAGCAGAGGAGCAGCCGGACGCUGAGGAUGCCACGACAGCCGUUGAGGAUGAUGCCAGCCGGCCGGAGCCCAGCAGGAAGAUGUCUAUAUCAGUACAAUCGAAGCAGCGGUCAGAAUCCUUUCGGCAAGGUUCCGGGCCUAUGAGUCCGGGACUGGAAGUCCAAGACCUGUACCGCAAACAGGCCGCGCGCAUAGAGGAGCUGGAGAAGGAGAACAAGGCUUUCAAGGAGCAGCAGGAGGAGGGUGCAGCUCGUCUCAGCAAGGCGGAAGAGGAGUUGGAAGGCUACAGGGAGGGCAAUAGUGACAUGGCAGAGCUCAAGACACAGGCGAAGGAGGCUGAGAGGCUGAAGACCGAGCUUGCAAACACGCAACGGCAGCUCUCACAAGCACAGCAGUCUGCGAAAGCACUACAGAGGAAGGCUUCGGGAGCCGGUCCUGACGCCGCCGAACAGCUUGCGAGUAAAACGUCGACCAUUGAGUCGUUGGAGCUGGAAUUGAGCAAUCUACGGAACCAGUUGAAUGGCCUACAGUCUACCAUAUCUGAGCGCGACGCUUCUGCGAAAGAACUUGAAGAACGCGCCUCGGCAGCUGAAGCCUCCACUGACACCGUCAAGGAGGAACUGGAUGCUCUCAAGGUCUCUAUGACCUUUCCCAGCGACGAGACUAAAGCUGCGAACGAAGAUCCUGAAGCAUUGACCAAGCGCAUUACUGUCCUGGAGUCUGAUCUACGCACUGCCAACACGAACCUCGAUGCUGCCGCCAAGCGUGCAACCAGCCUUGAGCAGAAGAUCGAAGCUUUAACGAAACUCCACCGCGAUGCAACGGCAUCAUCUCAAGCCAAGGAUAAAGAGCUCACCGAUCUCCGCUCCCAGCUCCGCCGUCGAGACCGUCCUAGCCAUGUCAGAGACGCCUCCGAGUUCGAGCUCGGCGAGGAGGAGACAGAGACCGGAGCACUGCAAGCCCGCAUCCGCGCCCUCGAAGCAGAGAAUUUUGACCUCAGGCGCGGCGUCUGGCGCGAUAAGCGUGCGGAGAUGCAGCCAGGUAUGGAUGAUGAGCAGGGGAGAAGUCCUGAGUACGAAGACGUUGACCUCAAUGGGCCGUACACGCCGCAUGGUGCAAGAGGGAGCAGCGCAAGUCGUGCCCAGCACUCCACCUUCCAGGAUGUCAUUACCUCCGGCAUCAGCGCGUUCACCGGCAGACCGCGCGACUCAGCAGGGGGUACAGUUGGACGGCCUAGAGGCUCGACAGGCGCGCAUGGGAGAAAGCAGAGUCUCGGGCUGUUGUCGGAAGAUGGGGAUGACUUUGACCCGGAGGCUUUCCAGCUGGCGCAGGAGGAAGAGGCGAGGCGGCGGGUGGAGAGGGUGAAGGAAGUCAAGCGAGGUCUGCAUCAGUGGAAGGGCUGGAGGGUGGAUAUUGCUGAGAUGAGAGUCAAUGGCGUGCCGGGGAGGGAGUGUGGGCCUGUGUUUGAGGUCUGA